ACUUCUUCAGAAUUGCAUCCUCAGGAAGAGUGACCAUUUUCACCUUCUUUUCCAUACCUACGCCUAUGAACGGUCAAAGUAGCGUACAGCUGAUCGACGCCGCGAUACGCAUGCGCCAUUUUCUCCAGGAAACUAAUUCGAUUGGUCCCUUCUGAUCAGCCCCCUGAUCUGAUUGAUCGGGAGGCGGAGCUUAUGCGUAAAUAUGCACCAAUGAUGCAUGAACCUCAUAGGCGUGGGAUCUAAAAAUAAAAGAACAAAGGGAAUCGCAAUUCGACGAAAGACCUUCGUUCAGUGUGUAGGUAAUGUGCAUGAACGAGAAGUGUUCAGUAGUGUGAAAUAGAAAAAUUAUUUUUGAGAUUAUCGGAGUAAAUAAAAAAUGCCUGUUAUUGGAUAUGCCAGUGAUGAACGUGAUACGAUGUUAAUUAGUCAACUUUGUCGUUGUGAUCACGAUCCAAAUGAAUAUUGUUACGGAUCUCCAGCUCUUUGACUGUUUCAUUGGUAGAUGAAACGAAGAAUACGAGAGUACAGGAUAAAAUUGAGAAAAAUGACUGAAUAAAUAAUGUAACGAAAUGUGAGGGGUCGGAUAAAUUGUAAGUCAUUUAUCAGUACUGACAUAACCUUUAUCUGACGUGGUUCGGUAUGGAAACUGAUUACUAGCCGGAGCAGAAGAUUAAAAAAAAAAACAAAACAGAGGGAAUAUCAAGAACAAGACAAAUGGCAUGGAUUAAUUAGUUUAUUAAUUAUUUGAUUAAUUGGUUAAUCACUUGCCAAGAGAGAAAAAAAUAAGAAGGGAACAGAAGAGAAGAGCAAAACAAAUUACUGCCAGUAAAAAUGAUAAGGUUGGAUUUAAAUAAUCAUCAACUGCACAACAACGCAUAAUUGCCUGAUUGGCAAUUACGUUCAGAAUAUAGAAAAUAAAAAAUUAUGAAUUUUUAUAACAACGACGACGAGAGUAGAAAUAAAAUAAAAGUAAUCCUGACCAAACACAGCAAAAAUGAACUCUUUACUAAGAUCAGUGACAUCCGUAGGGAACAAAAGGGAUGUACUGAUAAAGGAUUCCUUGCAAAAGCAAUUGAAUACCAGCAUCAUAGACAUGCAGAAUUUCACAGAAAGCGCAGAAAGUUGCCCUGUAGGAAAUUGCGAGGAGGCAAAUAAUCUUUGUUCAGUUCUCGAAGCACUUUUUUUGCACGGGCUGAAGGAUUCGCUUUUGAAUCGAGUGACCGAAGCUCUCAGCAGUCCAGACUUUCAGUCUAUGCCGCAGCCCAGCUUCUGGGGACCAUUGCUCGUGUUCUCUCAUAGACAAAUAAUAGAUCAAAUUCAGAGCCUUACGCAGAUCACUACGGAGGUUGGCUACUGCAGAGCCUGGGUAAGGCUCGCUCUCAACGAUGGACUUUUGUCCAGUUAUCUUUGCUCGAUAUGUAGGGACAACUCCGCCUUGAAGCCUUACUACAAUCGAGCAGCUUUUGUGAGAGACACAGAUCUUGUCGAUGCAGCUCAACGGUUGAUAGAGAGCAUAGAUUACAUCCACUUUGAUCUCGCUUACAAUACAAGUCUGCUAAAUAUUUGGUCUACCACUCCGUUGCUCAUGGCAGCGGUCUGGUCACCUUCUUUGAAAUCUUUUCCAGUCUCCUCCGCAGUCGAUGUGGCUAAAACAAUAAAUAGCGAAUUAACUUCAAACGACGAUUUUGACGAGGUAGAGGUUGCAAGCUCAAUCGGUAGUUUGGGAUCCCUGAACUCCUCACAAAGUGCUCUCAACAAUCUUUCCUCCAUUAACGAAGACGAUGCAUUGAAAAUCAUCCUGAGUAAGGUGAAAACCGUUAAAUCCAAUGCCAGUCAGCCGAACGGAGAAUCUGUGAACUCGCAGAGUCAGUCUCAAAAAAUAAAGGAGGAAGUUGAUCAGAGUAAAGUGGUGAAUGCAGAGAUUGCAAAUGGUACAACAAUCGACAAUGAACCAGAAACGGAAAUCGAUACAACUUCGAGUGGCGAAGAGCAACCGGUUCAGAACAGUGAUCCUCUAGAUACGGAUGCUGUGGCUACUACAACCGUUGGGAAUUCUCUGAUAGGUAAAUUGGGUUGGUCGAGUUCAUUCGAGGACUGCGAAUCCACGUUAAAUUCCUCGGCACCUUCCCAAGCCUCCGGCGCCGAGGCACCUCGAACACCGACCGAUUCGAGAACGUACGAUGCUCUGAUCCAGAGUUAUCAUACCGCGGGAUACGCAACGACUCCAGAUCUGAGAGAAUUCCUGAACGGAUCCGCUCCACGGGAAUCUGCGCAAGAUAGUUCUGCCGCGGAUCAGAAAUUGCUUCAAGGAGUCGAGGAAGCCGCAGCCCGAGCCCUCGAACACCAGUUGGGAAAAUUGCCUAGAGAGAAGGGUUUAGACACGCAGAAUUACAGUUGCUUGGGGUGCGGCCACGCGAUAGGAAUGACGUUUUCCAAAGCAAUAGUUUGCAAUUACACGGGAGAAUAUUACUGCGCUAAUUGCAUGGCGGAGGGAGAGCUCCUGAUUCCAUCACGGGUGAUUCACAACUGGGACCUGAAGAGGUAUCCGGUGAGUCAAAAGGCAGCUCGAUUUCUCACGAACUGUCCGGUUCUUCUCGAUCUGAAGAUCUUGAAUCCGCGGAUAUACAUGGCCGUCGACGACAUGGCCCAGUUGCAGUCUCUGAGGAUCCAGUUGAAUCUGCUUCGCGCUUACUUGUUCACCUGUCGCGAGCCGAUAAUAGAAUCUUUGCAGCAGAAGGUCACCCCGCGGGAAUACCUUUACGAGCACGUCCAUCAGUAUUCCGUGUCGGAUCUCCCCGACAUCCCGAACGGCAUAAUGGCACAGCAGCUUCAAAAAAUCGUUGAAUUCGCCAGGCAUCACGUAAUGAACUGUUGGCUCUGCAGCCAAAAGGGAUUCAUCUGCGAGGUUUGCGACAAUCCAAAAGUCAUCUACCCCUUCGAUAUGGCGACGACGUACAGAUGUGCGGCUUGCAACGCGGUUUUUCACAUCGAUUGUCUCAACGCAAGUUAUCCCUGUCCGAAAUGUGAGCGUAGACGGAAACGAAUGGAUCUUCCGCUUCUCGAUUUGGGGAACGCGGAGUUACCUCCGGUCACCGAAACACCCGCAUCGGUCCCCCAGAGUUAGUUCGAAUUAAUUAAAUUAGAGCUUUGCUUGUAUGCGACCAUCAGAUAUCGUAUGAAUAUUAUAAUACCUGACAAACCUUUGUAAAUUUUGGUAUUUUUUAAUGUGAUAAAGUUGAAUCGUUUUGAUUCGUUUCUGGUAUGUUUUUUUUUUUAACUGAAGGAAGAGAAUUAUAAGUGUACAUUGAUAUUGAUCCAUAAUUAUUACUGUCCUUGUUAUUUUAUGUAUGUAAUUAUAUUUAUUCCCGGACGAAAAUUUAUUCAUAUUUUACGUUUUAUUGUAAUUUACUGAAAAAGAUUAUUUUUUGGAGACAUACUUUUCGAAAAAAAUAUACGUUUUACGAUGAAUAUCAUUAUAAUAUAUAUAUAUGCAUUUUAAUUGAUUUGUUAAUAAAGUGACAAAGAUGAUAUGAAAUAAUAAAAAUUUGUACGCGAUUGAAAUUCCUAAAAUUAUGUAAUAUUGAUUAUAAAUACAAAUAUAUAAUAUAUAUAAUUGUGUAUAUAAUAUAUAUACCUAUGUAUAAUAAAUUUUUUAUUUUAUUUAUAUGUACAAAAAAGUAGUAAAAUAUAUAUAUAUAUAUAAAUUUGUAGUCUAUCCUACGUUAUAGAAUUUACUAAUCAUCGUAUUAUAAGUAUCAUUUGUAUUUAUUUAUAGUUUAAUACUGCUGCUCUAUUUGUACGGUGAAAUAAACUCAAUGUUUUAUUUUUUGUCUGUUUAAUAGCCAAGGAUCAUAGAGAACAAAAAAUCGAAUAACAUUUUCGAUAAUUCAUGUGAGAAACUAUACGAAGAGAAAGAUUAAAAAAAAACAAAAAAAAAAAAA